GAAGACCAUCAACUUACCACAAGAAGAUGAGCAAAUCAAAAUCAAAAUCAAACAAAUCCAAACCAAUCGAAGUACUACAAUCCACUUCAAAUCAAAAACCAUCAAUCAAAUCAGAAUCAAACAACUUUAACCCAUUCACCACUCUAUUCAACUUAAUCUUAUUCUCAAUUCAAUUCAUCUUCAAAAUCAUCAAUUCUAUUAUUCGAUUAAUCUUAUUUCAACCUCUCAUUAGCUUUCCUAUCAUCAUCUUCAUCAUCAUCUCAAUCACUCCUACGGCUCUUAAUUAUCUUAUCAACUUAUUCUCAACUAAACUCAUUCGACUCUUGACCUUUUCAACACCUUCGAUUCCUCAUCUCACUUAUCUCUAUUGUACGAUCCUCAAUGGUCCAUUCUUUUGUGAAGGAUCAACUCUCAAACCGAUUCCAGUAUCUAAAAUCACUCGAUCAGUUGCUGAUAGCGCUAAGUUAGCCUCCGAUAUCUUUGAAUCCGUCGUCGGCCUGGGCGAUCCUCAUAACCUUGGCUUACAUCAGGCUGAUAUCCUCGAAUUGGCGUUGGCUGUACAACAUUCUACUUCACUCGAAGGAAAAGAUGUAUUAGCACCUCAGCUUAUGGAUUUGAGUGAGAUGACUAGAGAUGUGAAAGAUCAAAUUAUCAGUCUGAAUAGUCAAGGCAUCAAUACCUUCUCAUUCGUAGCUUAUGAGUUUUCAAGACUACAAGAUUUGAUAGAAUUAAUUCAAUCAGGUUCCAAAAAAUAUACAACUCAACAUGUUUCACACAACUUAGAUAUCUUAUUCCAAAGACUUUCAGAAGACUUAACCAAACUAUUAAAUGAUAUUGACUUUCCUUACCAUUAGCAUCUAGAGCCAGUGAUUUAGGUACAAAACUUACAAGUGACUUCUUAUCAUCACACUUUAAAUUAUUGAAAUUUAAAGUAUCUACUCCGAUUUGGAAAAGAUCUUUGAAGGAUUCUUGUCUCAAGACAAUGGGUCUAGAGACUUAAUCGUAACUUCGGAAAAGGUGGAAAAGUUUAAAUUGGUUUGGAAGGAAGAAACUUGAAGAAGUAAGAGUUCUAAUGGCUUAUCGUAAUAAUGUGGCUUUCUUGAAUGUAGGCUUCUUUAAUUGGUUCACAUAUUGCUGAUCAUCAGUUAUCAGCUGAAGAUGAAGUUCAUGCAAUGAGACAUAUCAUUGAUAAUGUCAAACAAGCCGUUAAGGAAUCAAAGUCACAAAAAAAGCGGGUUAAGAAACUUGAGAUUGAUGCAUAGGGAGUAAUGUAAAAGAUUUUGAUAGGUCUUGUUUCAUAAGAUGCCAAUGUAGUAUAAGCUUUUCUAAGGAAGGUAAGAUAGAUCAUUAUAUGUAUAUAGCUGUUAUGGCCUUGGAAAGUUGUAAUAUCCUAAUUCUACAUGUGAUAGUGUAUUUUUGAAACC